AUGUUUCCCUUCGGGCCCCACAGUCCCAGCGGGGACGGGACGGCCGGGGCUGAGGAGCCGGCGCCAGCUCCCAGGCCGCUCUCCCCAGCUCCCUCGCCGGUGCCUCCACAGCACGGAGCCGACGCGGCCCCUCUGUCGCCGGCCGCCUGGAGCCCCCGCCGCCCCGGCACCCCUGUGCUGUCCCCGGCCGCGCGCCCCGGAGAGCUCGCGUCCCCCGGAGCGCUGGAGUUGUCGGCCGCCCGCGCCCUGGGAGAGCUGUCACCGCCCUCGCCGCCGCGCCGGCGGCCGGGGCCCGACUGCAAGGCGGAGAGCUGGGGUCGGCAGGGCCUCGGCGCGGGCCUGGGCGGCCCCGGAGCCAGACUGUUCGGGUGGCUGAGAGAGCGCAGCCUGGGCCGAGGGCUGUUUGUGGACCCGGCGCGGGACAAUUUCCGAACGAUGACCAACCUGUACGGUUCCAUCCACCCGGCGGACUCGGUGUACCUCAGCACCCGCACCCACGGCGCAGUCUUCAACCUCGAGUACUCGCCGGACGGGUCAGUGCUGACAGUUGCUUGUGAACAGACUGAGGUUCUGCUUUUUGACCCUAUAUCUUCAAAGCACAUCAAAACACUUUCUGAGGCUCAUGAGGACUGUGUAAAUAAUAUCAGAUUUCUUGAUAACCGGCUGUUUGCUACCUGCUCUGAUGACACUACAAUCGCACUAUGGGAUCUGAGAAAACUGAACACCAAAGUAUGCACUUUACAUGGGCACACUAGCUGGGUGAAGAACAUCGAAUAUGAUACUAAUACAAGACUCUUAGUAACUUCAGGAUUUGAUGGAAAUGUCAUUAUUUGGGACACUAACAGGUGCACAGAAGAUGGGUGUCCACAUAAGAAAUUCUUUCACACACGUUUUCUCAUGCGAAUGAGAUUAACACCAGAUUGUUCCAAAAUGUUGAUCUCAACAUCCUCUGGAUAUCUCUUGAUUUUGCAUGAUCUGGACUUAACUAAGUCUUUAGAAGUAGGCAGCUAUCCUAUAUUGAGAGCAAGAAGAACUACAUCAAGUUCAGAUUUGAGUACUUCAUCAAAUUCAUCUGGUCCUAGAGUUUCUGGUUCCCCAGGUCAUCACAGUGAUUCUAAUUCAUCUUCUGAAAAGCAUAUGUCUCGAGCCUCUCAGAGAGAAGGAAUUUCACCACGAAAUAGUCUUGAAGUCUUAACCCCUGAAGUUCCUGGUGAGAGAGACCGUGGAAACUGCAUUACAUCCUUACAGCUGCACCCCAAAGGCUGGGCCACCCUUCUUCGGUGCUCAAGCAACACUGAUGAUCAAGAGUGGACUUGUGUGUAUGAAUUCCAAGAAGGAGCUCCAGUGCGGCCUGUCUCACCUCGCUGCUCCCUACGACUGACGCAUUACAUUGAAGAAGCCAAUGUCGGCAGGGGUUAUAUCAAAGAACUUUGCUUCAGUCCUGAUGGGCGAAUGAUUUCUUCACCACAUGGCUACGGGAUUCGCUUGUUGGGAUUUGACAAACAGUGCAGUGAACUUGUUGACUGUUUACCCAAAGAAGCCAGUCCCUUACGGGUGAUCCGUUCUCUAUACUCUCAUAAUGAUGUGGUACUGACAACAAAGUUCUCUCCAACACAUUGUCAGAUUGCCUCGGGGUGCCUUAGUGGACGGGUCUCUUUGUAUCAGCCAAAGUUUUAGGCACAAUUUACAUCAAAUAAGGAACUCUUCUGGUGUUUGAUUUAUAAAUUACUUCAAUUUAGGUGAAGUAUAUUCUUUUUUAGAAGAUCUUGUAAGUUUGAGUCAAAACCUUGUUCUUAUGGGUCCAUGAACACGUGACCUGAGCACUUCGCCAUCUACCAUCACACAUGCAUCUCCAAGUUACAUUCUAUGCAGCAUCAUUUUGUUCAGCAUUCCUCGGCUCCUGCUGUCUGUGCCACUGAACUCUGAUUCUUCUGCUUAUUUUGCAUGGUAGCUUGUGUUAAGUUUUCCCCCUCCCAUAUCUCCCUCCCUCUCUUCUUCCCUCUUCCUCUCAUGCCUCCUUGCCGCCCUCUCUUGACUUUGGUAUGACUUUGUGGACGUCUGCCAGGAGGCUUACUUGGGAUUAGAGAGACUCAUGGUACUAGCAUUGAAUAAAACCCAGAAGCUGAAUGUUGACAUACUGGUUUUUGAAAAAGAAAUUUAAUUUCAUAUUCAUUUAUCAGUAUAUUUAGCCUUCAAAAGUUGUUAUAUUUCUCUAUAUUGAGCACAGAUAAUGACAUUAUUCUCAUAACUGUUAGAUACCUUUGCAAUAGAUCUUAAGUUUUCUGUUAAAAUUAUACAAAUUUUUCAUGUGAGAUUUUGUUGUGAAAUUCUAGAAAAAAUUAUUACCAGCUGUCUUUGUAACUUAUUUUACUUGUAUGAAUUUAAAAUCUCCAGCAUAUGUCUUUACUUGACAUUUUGUUCUUGUCAAUAGCAUUGGAAAGGAAAGGAGCUUCUGUUGUACAAAAGAGGAUUUAUUAGAUUAGUACAAUGUCUGGCCGUAGGCUGAUGAAAACAAAUGAGAUUUGGAAUUUCCGUGAAUUUUUUUUUUUUUUAACUCACACAGGAUGAUGUGGUAACAGUAAUGGAGUGGAGGGGAAAUCUAGUAAAGAGAUGACAUUUUAUUGUCUUCUUCAGACAGGGACCACAAUCUCAACUUGCACCGGUUGUAAACAGAGCUACAGUACUCUUUAAGCUGUUGUUAUAACCCUGGUAGUCAGUGACUUGAAUGGCACAACUAAGUGCUGAUAAGAAUAUAAGUUUUGUGUUUUGUUAUGGAGCACAAGUGAAAGCAUCAGACAAGGGAGUAGGCACAAGGCUACUGUCCUCUUGAGCAGUCUUGUGUCUCCCUACAUUGAAUAAAUAGCAUUGUGUUGAGAAGAGAUUUGCUGGAGGUUGGAGUAAUGUAAGCCAUGCACUAGCUUUGCUUCUUUGGUCACAUGCUCUUUAGGCCAGUUGUUCUCAAACUAGUAUUAAGACGCAUUAUAACCACUGAAGAGCUUGUGAAAAACGUAGAAACCAGAGCCUUACCAUAGAAGAUUCUGAUCCAGACAGGGUAAGGACAGGAAUCUUUUUUUUUUCUUUUUUUUCUUUUUUUUCUUUUUUUUUUACCAGGAACCCCAAAUACUUUCAUUCAGGUGGUCUUCAGAUCACAGUUUGAAAAACACAACCUUUAAUGGUAAAUAUUUCUAUGUCCAUCUGGUGCUUAAUAUAAUCCCACAAGAUAUUUUGCUUACUUAAAUAGUAACAAGGUAGAAAAUAACUUGAAAUGAAAUCACUUGCAUUAUUUGACAAAUGAAAGAUGGUAAGUGACUUGCUUAAGGUCAUGCAAAGGUAGUGUAGAGCCAGGACUUGGAUUCAAGUCUCCUAAUUCCUUGCUCAGGGAAUUUCUACUGUAUUGUGCUGACUGUAAAAAUCAGUGACAUAUGGACAGUUUGUCUUUUAAGUUGUACUAUUGUGAAUAAGAUGGCUAGUAGAUUGAAAAAGGAAAGCAUUGGAGUAGAUGUUGAAUUUCACUCAUAAGGAGAAAAGUAUUUUAAAUUUUGCAAAAAUGUUUAACCCAAAUACAUGAAUAAAAAUAAUAUUUCUUUGUAAUACCUUCCCCAUAGCCAUGCAUACCUAUGUGUAAGAAGUUAUAUAUUAUUUGGAACAAUGUGUGCUCUAGGACAAAUUUUUAAAAUGAGAUUAUCUAGCCAGAUGAUGGGGAAAAGAAAGCUUGAAAUUUUCUAGUCAAUGAAAAAUUGUCACAAAGCACAGUGAGAAUUAUUAUCAUCACUUUGUAAAAAAAAAAAUACCACCACACAUUUCAAAGGAAAUAUA